AUGAAAGCUUUGAAAGAAGUCGAUAAUUCCGUUCUACUUUUUCCGGAUGAAGAAUGGAAUAACCUGGCCACAAAUGAUCAGCUCACGAGCGUCAUUAAUCAGUUGAAUCCAAACAUAUCUUAUGCAGAGACCAUUACCGAUAACUUACAAACAUUAUCAACUCACAAUGCAGAUGCGAGCGGUGCAAUAGGCGGCUUUCUUUACGUGCCAGAUCUGGAUGAUCAACACAUAUGCUACAACAUUUCAAAACAAUAUGUUCCUUUAAAUGCUACUCGACAAGCCAAUCUCCCAGCAACAGAUUUCACAUUGAUUGCGCUAGCACCCUGGAUCAGCAUAGAAUGUACAAAAGGCUAUUUAGCUGCAGCGCGACAAGACCCAAUACGAGCUUUCAUCUUCUAUCCACCAGAUAAUAGUACAAGUCGACCACCAGCAAUCAGCUCGGAUCAGUGGGCACUUGAAGACGGCGGAACAUGGAAGUCUACAAACAAAUAUCCGGUAUACGCUGUUCCUGGAACUGUUGGACAGAGGAUGAUGCGCGAAAUAAGUCUAUAUUCCGGCAAUCUUACAGACGUGCCGAACGGUCAUGAACUAUCAACAUUCCCAGGAAUUGAUCCUCGAGAUUAUGUACGAGUAUAUACGCAGCUUAGCGUGACUCAUGGCACAAAUCUCCCCAACCUGUGGGAAUUUUUGUUAAUUAUUGUUGCUGUACUGGCCUUUAUACUCGCAAUUACUUCCGGCUCUAUGCAUCAUCUCCAGAGAAGUCGAAGGCGGGCUUUAACAAGACGAGUGGAAAUCGGGGAGGUAAACUUGGAGGCACUGGGUAUCAAGCGACUCACCGUUCCACAAGAGAUCAUCGAUCAGAUGCCUAUAUUUACGUAUCAUUUUGUUGGACAGCCUGCUUUGGUGCAUCUACGUUCAAGUACAGUCGACGAGAUCCAUGCCGAUAAAAGCGUCUCCGCGGAGGCAAAUGAAAUCUCAUUUUGCGAUGACUCGGCAUCCAAGGCAUUAUCACCAACUGUUAUCAUACCCAACUUGGGAAAUUCUCCACUUUUCAUCUCAGAUCUGGGGAGACGAGCUGUCAUAUUCUCUCAGCCUACAUGUCCUGUUUGUUUCGAUGACUUCGACAGUGGAACUACAUUGAUUCGCGAGUUGCCGUGUGGUCAUAUAUUCCAUCCGGAAUGUAUCGAUCCCUUUCUUGGCAAUAAUAGUUCAUUAUGUCCUCUGUGCAAAAAGAGUGUCUUGCCUAUCGGAAAAUGCCCAAUAGAGAUCACCAACGCAAUGGUCAACAGAGAAAGGAAUAUGCGAAAAUUGAGAUCUCGUAUCACUAUAGCAGAGGAUAAUCAUGAUAUUCAGGCUGGUCAACCGAGGUUUCUUCCCCGAAUCUUAGGCGCUAGUUUCAACAGGCGAACAUUUAAUACUUCGACAGUCCAAACGAAUAAUGUACAAAUGACAGUUGCAUCACCGAUCGCGACGGGACCGCCAUUGAUGACAAGUGCAAUACACUCUCAACCACAGGCCAAUGGUGUACUAGGGGUCGAGGUGUUACAAAACAACCUUUCCCGGCGAGAGAGAGCCCAGCAACGGAUUCAAGAACUUGCAGCACAGGAGCCUUCGAUAGAAGACCCCGACUUGGUCCAAACGAGGCAUCGAUCACUCUUCCGUCGCGCAUUAUCCAAAACUUUCCCCGGCUAUUCUUAG